UGCAGAGAUGCAUUCUGUUUUAUGCAUGCUAACGAGCGUGAAUAGACCACCGCCAUUGACGUUGCGUUAAAGGCGGGUUCGAAUUCUUUUCUAAGAAAUUUUCUAUUCGUCAGGAUUGCACCAAGAUUCAUGGCAUUGAUUUUCAGUGUGCCUGCUGUGAGUAUUUUUGCAAAACCUAUGUGCAUGCAAGCGCGAAUUUUAUAGGAAGGCGUGGUGUGGUGGUUUUGCAGUGGGGGUAAGGAGGAAUUUGAUCCGAUCCAGCAUAGGGGUGUGAGAAAUCGGAAGGGGAAGAGGCAUAGGAGAGCCUAGGAAGAGUUGUGUGGAAGGUGGAGCGGGCCAGGCGUUGAGGCGUUGGGGGGCUCAGAGGCUUGCUGUAUGUCAGAUAGUAAAAACAGCAGCGGCAGAAGUAGAGAGAGAGACGGCUUCGGCGCACUUGCAAACCCAUCGCAAUGGCCUCAGCUCAGAAAAAAACGACGGUAUGCUGCUCGCCAGCCGCAUCAUCCCCUUCCUCUGACAUCUCAGGCAAGGCAAAGGCAAAGGCACAGGCACAGGCAACGCCAGCGCCAGCGCAGGCUGCCUCGCUGUCACUGCGGCGCGAGGCUGCUUCUGGUGAGGUGCCACUGGCAGCAGAAUGGGCCGACGUCAAGGGAGAUAUCAUCGGAGAUCCACGACAGAGGAAUGUCGCCUCUAGAAUGCCCGAUGCCUCCAAGCCUGCUGCAGGCAAAGGUACUGGAGUGCAAAUGAUGCGAGCUGAAACAAAACAUCCUUUAGAUCCAUUGUCUGCAGCUGAAAUUGCUGUGGCAGUUACAACAGUCAGGGCAGCUGGGGAAACUCCUGAGGUGCGGGAUGGCAUGCGAUUUAUUGAAGUGGUUCUUAAAGAGCCAGACAAGCACAUUGUUGCAUUAGCAGAUGCCUACUUUUUUCCACCCUUUCAACCUUCACUACUUCCGAAAACCAAAGGUGGUCCAGUGAUUCCUCGUCAACUUCCUCCUAGGCAAGCUAGGAUUGUUGUUUAUAAUAAGCGCUCAAAUGAGACCAGUGUUUGGACUGUUGAAUUAUCGGAGGUUCAUGCAGCAGCUCGUGGUGGUCACCAUAGAGGGAAAGUCAUUUCAUCAAAAGUUGUUGAAGAUGUACAGCCACCUAUGGAUGCAAUGGAGUAUGCUGAUUGUGAGUCUGUUGUCAAGGAUUAUGGCCCUUUCAAGGAAGCAAUGAAGAAGAGAGGUAUUGAAGAUAUGGAUCUGGUAAUGGUGGAUCCAUGGUGUGUUGGAUACCAUGGUGAAGAAGAUGCUCCAAGUCGAAGGCUAGCUAGGCCACUUAUAUUCUGCAGAACUGAAAGUGAUUGCCCAAUGGAGAAUGGAUAUGCUCGACCAGUGGAGGGCAUACAUGUUUUGAUUGAUAUGCAAAAAAUGAUGGUGAUUGAGUUUGAAGAUCGAAAAUUAAUUCCUUUGCCACCUCCAGAUCCCCUCAGAAACUAUACUGCAGGAGAAACUCGUGGAGGAGUGGAUCGAAGUGAUCUCAAGCCUUUACAUAUUGUGCAAUCAGAAGGACCAAGUUUCCGUGUCAAUGGCUUCCAUGUAGAGUGGCAGAAGUGGAAUUUUCGGGUAGGUUUUACCCCAAGGGAGGGACUGGUUAUUCAUUCUGUUGCAUAUGAUGAUGGUAGUAGAGGUCGUAGAUCUGUUGCACAGAGACUGAGUUUUGUUGAGAUGGUUGUUCCUUAUGGGGAUCCAAACGAGCCACAUUAUAGGAAAAAUGCGUUUGAUGCUGGAGAGGAUGGUCUGGGUAAAAAUGCUCAUUCUUUAAAGAAGGGGUGUGAUUGUCUGGGUUAUAUAAAAUAUUUUGAUGCACACUUCACAAAUUUCACUGGAGGAGUCGAAACUAUUGAGAAUUGUGUCUGCUUGCACGAGGAAGAUCACGGGAUUCUUUGGAAACAUCAGGAUUGGAGGACAGGCUUAGCAGAGGUUCGCAGAUCUAGGCGUCUAACAGUGUCCUUUAUAUGCACUGUUGCAAACUAUGAAUAUGGCUUCUUUUGGCACUUCUAUCAGGAUGGUAAAAUAGAAGCAGAAGUUAAACUUACGGGGAUUCUCAGUCUAGGGACACUACAGCAAGGUGAAACAAGAAAGUAUGGAACAAUGAUUGCUCCUCGUUUAUAUGCACCUGUGCACCAACACUUUUUUGUUGCUCGUAUGGACAUGGCUGUAGACUGCAAACCUGGUGAAGCAGUGAAUCAGGUUGUGGAGGUGAAUGUUGAAGUUGAAGAACCUGGUGCCAAUAAUAUUCACAACAAUGCAUUCUAUGCUAAAGAAGAGUUAUUACGAACAGAAUUGCAAGCUCAGCGAGACUGUAAUCCAUUGACUGCACGCAGCUGGAUUGUCAGGAACACUAGGACUGUAAACAGAACGGGACAGUUGACUGGCUAUAAACUAGUACCAGGUUCAAAUUGCUUGCCAUUGGCAGGGUCUGAAGCUAAGUUUCUUAGGCGAGCGGCCUUUUUACAACAUAACCUUUGGGUCACUCAGUAUGAUAAAGAUGAACAAUUCCCUGGAGGUGAAUUUCCCAAUCAAAAUCCUCGUGUUGGGGAGGGAUUAGUUACCUGGGUGAAGCAAAAUCGACAACUUGAAGAGGCUGAUAUUGUUCUCUGGUAUGUUUUUGGUGUUACUCAUAUCCCUCGUUUGGAGGACUGGCCAGUUAUGCCUGUUGAACGGCUUGGAUUUAUGCUCAUGCCUCAUGGGUUUUUCAACUGUUCCCCAGGGGUGGAUGUUCCUCCCAGCGUCAGUGAGAGUGACUUGAAGGAAAAUGGUGGACCAAAGCAGAAUGGAAUAAUCUCAAAGCUUUAAAAUUAUGAAGUGAUGUACUAUGUGAUCAAGAUAGUGAAAACAAGUAAUGAAUUUGUUUCUUUGAACAUAAUGAUUUUCGUAAAAUUAUUAGCAGCUGGACAAUCAAUAUAAUGGGUAUUUUGGAA